GGUCUGUCGGGAAUUCAGAGUGGCAGAGGGACCGGAGGAAAAAAAAUAAAAAGGUCUGCCUCGCUAACGCUAGCAAGCUAACGGUAGGUUGCACUGGAGUCAACAUGGAGCUGUCUGCCGUCGGAGAGAGGGUGUUCGCCGCCGAGUCUAUCAUCAAACGCAGGAUAAGGAAGGGUCGUCUCGAGUAUCUUGUGAAAUGGAAGGGCUGGUCUCCUAAAUACAGCACAUGGGAACCUGAAGAAAAUAUUCUGGACUCCCGCCUGUUUGUGGCUUUCGAGCAGAGGGAGCGAGAGAGGGAACUCUUCGGGCCCAAGAAAAGAGGACCGAAACCCAAGACCUUUCUUCUCAAGGCCCAAGCCACCAAGUCUUAUGAGUUUAGAAAUGAGGCAAUGCGAGGGAUGCGCUUCAGCUACCCCACACCAGAGCCCGUUGUCACCCUCAGGGCCAGAGAAGGCCUGAGAGCUGUGGUUCCCACACUUUUCCCACCCAGCACUGUUAACCGAGGAGAAAGCGUGUUUGUUAGACCACCAGAUGUGGCCCAUGAGCAACAAGCAAAUUCUGAAAGGCUGUUGCAUAUACCCAAAAAAAGAGGGCCAAAGCUCAGUUUUCAGGACGGCGUCUCUGCAGCCUCCGAGCCAGAUGAGAGGAGAAGCGAUGAGUUGGCCAGCCAUAGACCUCAAAAACUGUUGAAGCUGCAGAGUGGCGAAGACGUUAGACUGCUCAAAGUUCCCCAUCACAGAUACCCUGAGAACCACAGUCACGGCCAUAAACGCCAUCGCCACCACCAGCAGCAGCACCGCCACCACCAUAAUUUACAAAACCAGCCAAUGACAGCUGCGGGAUCCUAUCAGCACCUUUACACUGACAGCGACCUGUCCUCGCACAGGAACGCACACAGGACUACAAACAGCUCAGGCCACGCCAAGCACCAGAUUGGCUCCACCCAACUCCUGCCCAUGGAAAAGCCUUACUUUUUGGACAAGCCGUCCCCAACCCGACUGGACGUCAAUUUGGACGAGGUGACGUGGCGGCCGUCUCUGUGCAAUGUGGAAAAGGUCCUGGUGACUGAUGUGACCGCCAACUUUCUGACUGUCACCAUCAAGGAGAGCAGCACUUCAAACGGCUUUUUUAAAGACAAGAGAUGAAGUGGACACAUCACACCCCAAUGGCGUGUAAAAGAAAAGGCCAUUAAAAAGAGAACACGUGUACAUAAACAGCUGGUUAAACUGACCAAAAUGAAAAGAAGUCCGCUUCCCGUUAUGCACUGGUUACAUGCAUGUAUCUUUAUAAAAUGUGUACAUUUAUUUGACUAAUAACCUACAAUUUAUUGACCCCCACCCCCUCCACCGGCGCCCCAACACAUGCACCGUGCUGGGAGAUAUUGAGAGUUGUUCCUUGUUAAAUCCAAUCUUUGGGUUAAAAUAUUUGCCUCUAAUUUAGAAGGAUUAGACGAAGGCUUCAAUUCAAUUUAUUGAGUUCUUUUGAAACUGUUAUUAAGCACUUUGUGUUAAAGUAUUAUGUUUGUGUUAAUGGUAAGUCCAAUUUUGUCCCAAUUGUUCAACAUUUCAAAAUGUAAAAAAAUCUCUAGGUUGUGCACAGGCCUAACUACAUAAAAAAAAAAAAAAAACCAUUAACAGCAUAUUUUAUUAUUGUAAUAAAAAGCAGCAACCUUUGAAAUGGUUAGAAAACACUUGGUGUCUUUGUUUUAAAUAAA